AAGACAAGCUAAAACGUGAUGGUAUGAUUCUAGAAUUUUAAAAAAGAUUUGUAGAUGAUGCUUUUAGUUUAAGAGCUGAAUCCCAAUAAAUGAUGCAUUGCACAACCCACCUUACAGAAAAGGUUUGACACUUGAUUCUUAUAGAACAAUAUAUGCUUUUUAACAUGAGAUACUUUGUACUAUCAACUUGUGGUAUAGGUGUCGAGAUAUCGGGGGUUAUUAGCCCCAGUAUGGUGGAAUAACAUCAGAGCGAGGCUACGUACCGCGAGGCCCAUAGAUUGGUUGGCUUUAACCAAAUCUCACGAAAAAGCUUUCGUAUGAAUGCGCUUUCACGGGGCUUUCGAACAAAUGUGAGCAAGUAAUCAUUGUGUCACGUGACAAAUCAUGUGAUCUAAAAAAUACGGAUUUUUGGUCCGAAUUUGCUGGAAAACCCUUGAAAACGCAUCCUUUCAAAAAAAAUAACCCUCAAAAUGUAUUUAUCAAGCCAUUUUAACAUGCUAAGACGAAUAAAAAUACAAUUCAAAUUAUAAAAUGAUAAAAUAUUGUUAAUAUAAAGGUUCAGCCACCCUAUAUGAAGUAUAUAACGGUUAGAUCGCAAUUGGGUUCUGCAUUGGACGAAGAGCUGUCUUCCAGAUAUAUGUCUGGAAGUAAUUGGCUCUUUUAAUGUGAUGUGAUAGACUGUCAGAUGUGGGAGGCAGAUUGUCGCUUGUCUUGUUCUUCCGACAGAAGAGGAAAUGCCGUGCAUCAUCAGUUUUAGCAAUUUUUUUGGCAGUGGUAUACAAAGAACAUACAAAUACCUCACAAGAUUGGAGUUGAGAUUCUUGAGUAAGGGGCUCUUCACCUAGGCUGGCGAGUUACUGUUGUGCUUGGGAAUCAUUAACCAAUAUCUUCCAAGACUUCUUCUUGCCAAUACCUGAAAAAGCACUCGUUGUAUCGCAUCCUGUCAAUGCAUGGUAUGCUGGCAAGGCUUUCGAGAGCAAAAGACCAAGGGAGGAUUGUAAUGAAUGAUUUGGAAUGAAUCUCGCUUUGUCUUUUAGUCCUGUCUGGAACCAUAGCUCACGGCAUCUGAUAUUCUGAAAAUGAGCAACACAUAACACCGCUACAUCUGUAUCAGGGGACUGAACAACAACUCUUUGAUGAGUGUUUGAAGCAUGUUUGGCGUGCAGUAGAAGUCUUGUGUGUGCUUCUUCCUGGUCGGAAAACAAAGAUGAAACACUGGAUGAAUUUCCGCGGAUACACGAAACCGUUUCUCUGCCAUCUUUGAAUCCUCCUGCUAUGACAACAUUCUGCCGUGGGUGCAAUUGUGUCUUCAAAAUGGUACGUAGAGACUCACAUAAGAAUGUAGCUAAAUUCUGCUUAUUCUUUGGAUUUGAUAUGAAUUUCUUCCACUGCUUGGGAACUGGCGUAUUUUGAUUGUGAAUCUUAAUCUCCAUGGACAAACCUUCUCCUCUUUCUUGGCGCUCUGCUGCUUUGAUAGACAUGGCACGGUACUGGUCAAAUACGAGGUCUACGCGGCUACAGUUGUUCUGACUUAAUACCCGAGUUAUAAUGUCGAAGUAUUUACCUGCCAUCUCCCCAAACGUUGCUGCUCCUGCUGACUUAACCAUUUGAAUCAAUGCCAUGGCAUCGAUGAUAACAGCUGUUCGCAGUUCCGAUACAGGUAAUCUAGAAAUGGAGUCGACAUUUCUCUCCAAAAUCGGCAUCAAUGCGCUCUUGGCUGUCUUUCGCAUAGUCCCAUCUGGAUGUACAAGGGAGACUGGAACACAGGACAAUUCGUAGCUUAGGAUCUCUUUAAGGUUGAUAUCUCUUGUUUUCGCCACUACGAGCAGUCGUCCGAAGAGCUCACGGUCAGCAUUCAAAGUUACGACUUUUCCUCGAGUCCCUUUUAGAGAUAUCGUUCGCGUAGUUACUUUAAAAGUGUCAAUCUUCAGCUUCUUAAGAGGGUCCAGCAACAAACUUUAUUGGUAUCAAGCCUUGCGUUGAUGAAGUCGUGCAUACUAGUUGUUCCAAUCUGAAACGCAUUUACCAAGCGAUCUGCAACUUCGUUAGGUACAACUACUCCUGUUGCAAUAUUGCUAAGCGGAGUGUCGUCUGCGUUGUCCUCGUUUUCAGUUACAAAUGGGUUAUUUGCUAAGCCAGUGGUAAAACAUGAAAAAAGCCGCUGGACAUCCUUCUCAUCUCGCUCUAUACGCGUAAAACUAGUUUCCUUGUGUGUUCCUAUCUUGUCAUUCUCCACGCCACACAUUUCUUUAAGUGAUCUUGUAAUGGCUGCACGUUCAUGACUUAUCAAGAACCACCGAUCAACUGCACCAUCCUGUUGGGUUAUGCCAACCAAACCUUCUUUUGAUUUUGAGUCGCAGUUAAUUGAUUGCUCAAGUGCCAUGUCAGACCAAACUUGACCAAAGGGUUGUUGUGAGCGACUAAUACUAUGGUUACCAGCUAUGAACUCAGAAUAAACUUCUGGAUGCUGCUCCUGUAGUGAAUGCAUGUCUGCCAAGUAUACGGGGAGCCAUCUUGCAUAAUUCACUCUAUCCAUGGCGUAGAAAUAGGGUAGCAUCUUAGCAGUGGAAGACAAGUGUAAGUUCCAAUUGCCAGUGCGCUGUGAUUUGACUUUUCCUUCAUUUUCAAAUUCUUUGAAUAGAUGCACCAGUGCACUUAAGCCAUCUUUUAGCGAAUGCCAGUUUUCUUUAAGGUAUUCUUCCUUAUUGUCGGAAUCUUGGCAUUGGUUGAGUAACUCGAGGGCUUUCGUCUUUGAAAUUUCAUCUAAGCCUUGCGCGGUUUCUUCAAGCCAACUUGCAAACGUUUUCCACAUUAGUCGAAACAGAGCCUCGAAGCAAAGUUUGUGGGCUCGUACUCCACGAUUGUAUGACUUUCCUGCUACCAAUGCGGUGGUAGUUCCAGGCGCAUACACUCCUGAUUCAAUAAGAAGAUCUUCCAAACCAGAGUUUGAAUACAUCUUUCCAAGGAGCGAAAGAUAAUUUAAAGCUAUGUGAAACCCUCCUAAGCGAACUACGACAUUCUUGAACUCACCCGGGUACCUCAUUUGAAGCUGCUUUGCCUUAACGUAACUUGCUAAGUCAAACGUUACUACAGAUUCGGACUGUCCAAGAGCAUUUGCCAUCUUCAACGAGAGUUUCAUGACCGUGUUGAUUGUACUGUGCUCGUUUGCAUCUGCCUGGAUCAUAGGAAGGUAGCCAAUUGAAGUAGGCGUUGAAGGAUCCGAGAAUCUGAGGGACUGAAAUCCACUCCAACCUGGAAUCUUCUGAGCAUCAACCGUUUGAUAAUUUUCUUCAAACAUAGUAUUGGAACACAUGCGUAGGAUUAGCAAUACCAAGUCGUCUUGACAAGCUGAAAGGAAAUUAUCAUUUGGUUGUAGCCAACUUGCAUUUGUCAUCUUAUUAACGUAAUUCGUAACGGCUGGACGUCUUCUUCCAACAUUGAUAUCCUCUACCGUCACUAUAGGUCUUGACGAAUCUAAGGACCUUUUCCGCUCUGAGUGAUCCACGUAGAUUUCCAUGGGUGGCGUUGCGGGUGCAUGUUGUUUCCUUUGGAAAGCAACGAAGGUCGUCGCAUGGGUAGUGUUCUUUCCAUCGAUGGUUUCCUCGUUGAAAUCAUUAUUAUCUGCUGCCAUAUGGACAAACACACCAGGUGAUAUGUUUGAUGGAAUGAUAACACCUCCACUCAACUCUGAUCUUGCGAUUGUUUCAUUAGCGAGGGCUGUUUCCACAAUUUCAGUUUGUUCAUAUGAGCAACAAUGUCGCAUUCGGUUUAGCAGAGUUAUGAGCUGCUUCGACCUUGUUAGAUGUUUAAUAGUUAUACCUAACGAUACAUGCUUUGGAAGCUUCACUCUGGCGUUACUUGCAGCGUGUACGACGUCUUGGCAUAUCAUUAGUAUCUUCCUUUCAUGUGAGACAUUUGAAGCUUUAGGGCUUUGGUCAGCAGCGUACACCUCCGAGGAUACCAUAUACCUCACCAACCAAUACAGAUUAUCAGGAAUAAGUGCUCGCGCCUUCUGUAUGUGCAAAUCUUCAAGAGAUAAGGGAUCGAUUUUAAUUCCCUUGCACGUGCUUAAAUCAUUUCUGAUAAUGACUGCUACUUUAUAGAUUAUCUUAAUUGAUUCUUUUGGAUCAUCCCUUAUGAAUUCAUUCUGAGCUGCAACUGAAGUUGUGGUGUUCUCGGUUGUUCUCGCAGCUGUGUUAAUAACAUCAAGAAGUGAUAUGGAACUAGAGUAAACAAUUUCUGGUUUUGUGCUCCCAUGUGGUUGGUGAAACACAAGACUGUCGUUGAAGACUAACUUUAAACGUAAUUUGAGCUUUUGCCUGGUGUAACUAUCGGCAUUUACAUCUCUCUUGGUUAGCAUAUCCUUGUACAAUUGUAGUAGGUAAUUCAUAUUGUACGCUUUUCCCUUCAGGAUUUCAGGUCGUAUUAUGUCAAGGAACUCAGCAAACGCAUCCUCGUAUUCGUUAACAGGUUUUCCAUUUAUACACUGCGAUUUGAUAUUUGCUUUGCUCACAUAUGAUGCAUGGCAAGACUUAUGAUAUACUUGCCUUCACUAGCAAUUAGAUCAACAGUUCGUAAUACAGGCAGUAGCUCUUCAUCGCCUCUGGCCUCAGCAGCUGUUCUAAUGCUAUUGCACGCUUCAAAAGUCACAAUAUUGAUUAGUUUAAAAUCCCUUUUGCGAGAAGCAUUCCGACAAAAGAUACACUUCGUCCAGUCAAUCAAUGGACGGUUUCGUUGCGAUUUCAAACUCACUUCACUUACUUCAUUCACUUGAGGAGAACCCGUUUGACUCGUUGAUAGGCUAUGUAAAUUACGCUCACUAGUGUAGGAUGCGUAACAUGAAUUAUGCCACAAAAUCUCUCUGGAAGUAAGAUUGUCAAUAUCAGUAUGCAAUCUAUCAAAACAAUCAUCUUUGCGAAUAUUUGCAGCAAAUAUAAACUUUUCAAUUGAUGGAACUUGUGCUUUUCUUAAACAAUCAUGCUUGUUCUUUUGUUGACAAAUUAUACAUUGUUUAAAAUUAGUAAGUUUUUUUCGUUUGGCAGGAAGCAAAUGAACUCCAUCAUCUAUCUGCAAAGCAAAUUAGCCUUUAUUGAAUAUACAAAAUAUAUUAAUUUUAAUCGAAUUUUCGAAUUACUUAUUUCAUUUUCACAUGUUAUUAUGUUUACCUCCAUUACUCUGAUAAGUUACCAUCCUUAUUACUAUUUGACAGAUUUAUACAUUCACCUUCCUCAUCCAUAACAGAAACAUUCUGGAAAUGAAAUAACCUAUACUAAAUAUACGACGCACCUCAGUAGCCUGUACUAAAUAUAUGCAACUAAAAGGGUGUCUUGAAAACUAAGACCUCUAAAGAUAAGACCCCUAAGACCCACAAAACUUGAAAACUAAGACCCCGGAUUUUAUUAAAAUACAAACUUACCUGAAAUUUUGACGUAUAAUAUUUGGGAAUAUUUUUUGAACAGAUGAGAGUUCAGAUACAGCUUUACAGGGAAUAUAAGGCCCGGUUUAUAUGAGAGGCGGGACGGAACGUUUGCCGGGACGGGACGAUUUAUACAUCCCCGGAUAACCUUUCGAACGGGGGGUCAAAUGCCGUUAUAACAUUACACAAACCAAAACAACCGUGUAUUUUACUCACCGCCCUGCCAAAUAUUCUCUAUUUCAUAUUCAGAAAAUCUUGAAUAUCUCUUGAACUCCUCGGAAUUCCCCACAAGUCAAUCCGAGUGAAAUAUUCCUUGUAUUUAUGGCGCUUUCGUGUGGAAAAUUUCGUUUGAAUACGGCCAGUAGAAAUAUAUUUAUUUUGAUUUUUUCAAAAUAUCGGGUUUUUAACGGUUUUUACUCGCACGCGCCCGCCACACUAAAGUUGGCCAACAAACAGCACCCGUAGCCCGAUGCACGUGCAAAUUACGCUGCAGGUGUAAUAUCACCUUUAGAAUCGAUUUCCGACGUUUCCCGAGCGAUAGUAUUUAAACAACGCAACGUUUUGGCAGAUCUAAAGUGUAUUUCCGGUCGAACCGCCGUCGAAGCUCUCGCGUAAAAUUUAGAUAUUUUGAAAUUCCGAAAUAAAAGAUGCAAAUCUGUUGAUACAAGCUUGAAAAUAACACUCUAAAUAGUGUUUUGGAUUGUGAUUCUAACAAGACUAUUAUGAAAAAGAUGUCUUGAAAGGGGCCGAAGUUAUGUUAGGCGAAAGGUAUGCCUCUGUGAUACAUUUUAUUACAUUCUUACAUUUUUCGGGAAUAUUGUGUAAUCUAGUGAAAUAUGACACUGCUUGCCCUCUAAAGGUCGUAAAUCGCUACAAGUUGACAUUUUAUUAUAUCUAUCGAUAGGAUUUUUUUCACUGAAUCGAAUGGUGUUAUUUUCAUCUAUAUAGCAUGCACUGAACCGAAGAUAUGAACCUGCAAAAUACCAGGUCGGUUUCGACCUGGUUAUUUCAGCACCAAACGAAAAAGAGUUAAUUAUCUUAUAUUUAAACAAAAACUUUACUGAAUGUGUAAUUGUAUUUUAAUAAAAUUCGGGGUCUUAGUUUUCAAGUUUUGUGGGUCUUAGGGGUCUUAGGGGUCUUAUCUUUAGAGGUCUUAGUUUUCAAGACACCCCAACUAAAAAUGUACCAAAAACUCAAAAAACGACACUAAUAUAUAUUCAAAUAUAACUCAAACUAAAAUAAUUUUUCCCAUUACUAUAAUAUAUCAUUUUCACAAAUUAUUAUUUUUACCUUCAUGACUCCAACAAUCUUAAAAAUGUGGUAUGUUUUCCUGUUUUAAAAAGCACUUUUUAUUUGUUAAAUGAAUAAUUGAUAAAUCAAAUAUGGCCGCCAGUGAAGGAAGCCUGGUUACCUACGCAAUUCAUUCCAGUCUUAUUCGUGAUGUCAUUCAUUUCGGAUAUUCUACAACGCUACUUGAAUUGUAAUUUUCUGUUUUAGCAUGUUAAAAUGGCUUGAUAAAUACAUUUUGAGGGUUAUUUUUUCAAGGGUUUUCCAGCAAAUUCAGACCAAAAAUCCGUAUUCUUUAGAUCACGUGAUUUGUCACGUGACACAAUGAUUACUUGCUCACAUUUGUUCGAAAGCCCCGUGAAAGCGCAUUCAUACGAGAUCUUUUUCGUGAGAUUUGGUUAAAAGCCAACCAAUCUGUGGCCCUCGCGGUACGUAGCCUCGCUCUGAUAUUAUUCCGCCAUAUUGGGGCUAAAACCCCCCGAUAUCUCGACACCUAUACCACAAAUUGAUAGUACAAAGUAUCUCAUGUUAAAACGCAUAUAUUAUUCUAUAGGAAUCAAGUGUCAAACCUUUUCUGUAAGGUGGGUUGUGCAAACUCCUUAAAUAAGGCCGUUUAUGAAAAUAGCUCCCAGACUAUUUGUCCAAAAUGCCAAACGCUGCUGCCGCAACGGUUUUUCUUGAAAAGCUAAAUGAUUUACAUCCAAACCUCAGUUUUACCAUGGAGCUACCUGUUGAAAACAAAAUUCUAUUAGUUGGCAUGGAGAUAAGCAGAGAUGGAUCAAAAGUUAAAACCCAAGUGUAUCGAAAAUCUACCAACACUGGAUUGCUUUUACACUUCAAUAGUCAUACAGAUAAACGUUACAAAGAAGGCCUUCUUAAAACCAUGGUACAUCGCGCAUAUGCUCUUUCUUCUACCAGAGAAGCCCUUGAUCAAGAAUGUUCGCGAUUGCGCUCUAUUUUCACCCACCUUGAUUAUCCUACUGGUCUCAUCGACUCUACUAUCCAGAAGGUCAUUAAGGAUUCAUCAAAUAACGAGACACGGAAUCGAGAUACAGAUGAAAGCAACGUUGUGAGAUUCUGUCUCCCGUUUAAAGAUCAAAUCGCAGCAAAUGCAGUCAGAAAACAAAUGGUUGACCUGAGUCGAAAGAUUGGUGUUCAUCUGCAACCAGUGUUUACGAGCAGAAAAUUGGAACAGCAAUUAAAGCCGAGGGAAGUAAAAGUGCCAAUUAUCAAUAGGCAAUGCGUCGUGUACAAAUUUCAAUGUGAUCUGUGUGAUGCGGAUAGUUAUAUCGGCUUUACAGGGCGUCAUCUCCACCAACGCAUUGCUGAACAUAAGUUAUCAACUAUUGGUAAACACUUUUGCGAAGCCCAUGGAAAUAAGGAUUUACUUAACGAAAGUCAGUUUCACGUGUUGAGGAAAUGCCAGAACAAAUCUGAUUGUCUCGUCUAUGAAAUGCUUUACAUAAAGGAUAAACAACCCUCUUUAAAUGUUCAACCUGGAAAUUAUUGAGGGUGAAUUCAUAUACUUUUAUUGGACCUAACCCGGAACAGCCGUGAAAAAAUGCGACCACACCUGGCAGGAAUCAAUGGCAGUAGUGUGCAUUUAUCUAAACGAAUACAAUUCCCUGUAAGAGGCUAGAGCAAUGUAGCGAAGAAGGAGUUGAAUCUCUAUGGAUUUCAACGAGACCCUAUUUUUGCCAAAGAAUAUAACAUCGAUAUAUAAUACUGUCAGUAAUAUAGCAUACGACCUCUAAUCGCGAAUCUGAGAAUAUUACUCUUCGACAACAUAUGCAAGGUAACUUGUCCUUGAUAAUCUAUUAGCUAGUCGGCCAAAUGCGCUUGCAAUAAUUACUGGCGACUUCAAUCCUACGUCAACUGGAUUUCAAUCGAAAGAUCUCAAACAAAUCAUCUCGAACAACUUGUCAUUUUUAAUACAAGGGAUUCUGGUAUUCUGCAUGGAUUGGUUCCCGACAAAUCGGUCUAGGUUAUUUCAGCCUCAGUUGCCUAAAAUUGCAUCCUCCGAUCAUUUUACAAUACGGGCGAAACCAGUUCUAGGACCUAAGAACCAAGUAACUAAAAAAAUUAUCCCCGAGCCAACGGCGCGGAGCGCUGUUCCGGGCGUAAGCCCAGGCGAGGGUACUAAUUCCCCCCGGCUAUUUACACCCGGGGAAACGAAAGCAUUAGCCAAGUCUAAAGUUCAUCAAUGAGCGCAGGCGUCGGUCACCAACGAUGUUGAGUGAGUGGUCAUCCUCACUGAUCUCAAAAACAUGGCUGAUUGCUUGUAGGAGUGGGAUGAGCAAGAUUUCAAUUUUAAAAGACAUAUAUUUGGAAAAUCGUUUCAUACACAACAAGCUUGAAGCAAUUUUGUUUGAAGAAAUGAGAAGAAUUAAUUUACUAUGGGAAAUCGUGAAAUAUACGGUAAGUUUGCUUUGAAUAUUUAAUGUUUAGUAUGUUUACGAAUUUUGUUGCUUUAAACUUUUUGCCUAAAAACUGUUUUCUUUUCAACGAAGCUCUAAGUUUCAUAAAUUACCGUUUAAUUUGAGAAAAAAACUUAAAAUGUAAAGGAGAACAAAUUGAUUUGAAGACUGUACUGAAAUUACCUAACAAAUUGUUUUAUUUGUAACUUAUUAUGUUUUAUUAUUAGUUUAUCGGCAAAUGAACUAUAGUUGAAUGAACAUUUCAAACCAUUUUACGAAGCGUUUGAAGUUAAAUUUUACAUUAAAUCAAAGCUCACAAAAUGCAAAAUAAUAUACAUACAGUAUAUAUUUCGGAAAUUUAUUGUUGUAUACUGUAGUUAAAAGUACGAAUCUUUAGUUGAAAUAGUUGAAACUAUUUUGCAGUUUUGUAAAAAAAAUAUGAAAAAAUUAAAAACUUAAGAAUAUCGUGUUGUCAUGGCAACACUUGAGCGCGAGCCUGCGUUCAGUGGGCCAUUUCUGAAUACUUCAUGUUAAUUUAAUGUUUGGAAAAUAUUGGCAAGGGGUUGCUGCAUGCAUGUAUUUCUAGUAUCUCGUGAUAUGAGGGAUAAUGCCUGACGUGCGUUUGGUCGCUGGAUAACCCAGAAAGAUUGGAACCCAAUCCUUACUACUCCAUCCUGUGAAGAUAAAUACCAACUAUUCAUCACAGAGUUAAAGCAAGGUAUCGAUUGCUGUCCUGCACAAAGGACAUUAAAAGUUCACCAAACAGAUCGCCCAUGCAUGACUAAUAAACUCAAAAUAUGGAUCAGAAAACGCCAAACCGCAUUCCAAAGACAUGGCUAAAAUUCAUAUAUAAGAGAAAUUAAAUCGGCCAAGUCACAGUAUUAUACACAUGAAGUUGCAGAAUUGGGUCAGACUAAUCCCCGGAAAUGGUGGAAACAAAGUCUUAUGGGACAAGACAUUCAACAGGAGCAACCCUCGAAAUUCGCCUCGGUACUCCGCAAUUGCCCAGGCGAGUUACGAUUUUCAUAGUUUUGGCACAUGCCCCCCCCCAUUUUUACGGUCGGGCAAUUGAGCAGAAAUCCAUGUGUCGUUCGGGCAAAACAUAUAACUCUCAUCAAAGUUGAUAAGAAGAAUCGCGGUCUACAAUGAAUAAUUAAAUAUAAUAACUCCAAUAUUAAUUGCUUUUAAUAUACUUUGCCAUAUAUGAAGAACACCUGUAUAUGAAUGAUUAUGGAUUAUGGUAAAGAUUAUGAAGAUUGCAGAAACAUUGACCAUUGUUCUUAGUUUUUGUCUAAGUUUUUCUAGACAUUUCGGUUAAACUUCUGCUAAAGUAGCCUUUAAACAAUCAUACUCAUUUGUUUAUAAAAGCGCAUACAAAACCCAGCCCCCCUCCCCACACACACACACAGUCGACUCCCCCCUUGUGCCCACCACGAAAUAACAUAUUGCCGGAAAUGCAGGAAAUGGCAUUUCCGGCUUCAAAUUUCAAACAUUUUCUGGCAGGCUACUCCGUUUACUGUUCUAGAACAUUUGGAACACUGUUCUGGAACGAUAUAAAAUGGAGUGCACACGGUGUUCUGGAACAGUGUUUAGUUUAUUAUUUAUGCGUGCAACCAUGCAUUACUAUAUUAAUUAUAGUUAUUCGCAUAAUAAAGCUAUAAUGAUUCGCCGUUAUUUGUACAUCUACGUAUGCUUUUGCAACGUUUUUACUCGUUGAUUUUGCUCAACCCUGGCGUUAAAUAGCAUAUAAUAAGUAUAUGUCGAAAUAUAGCGGUUAACCCCUCAAAAUAUCGCCUUAUACAGUGUGAAUUGGAUAUACAAAAUAUGUCGCCUCCAUUUCCAAUCACGUGAAAAUAAGCAGUGUCACGUCACGUGUCUGUUCUGGCUGCCCCUACUAAAAAAUCGGGGUAGUCAGAACAGUUCAGAACAGUCAUGUGACUCUUUUUUGUUCCAUUCCAAUAGUGUUCCGAAUAUCCGGAGUAUUCCGAACAGUAAAUGGAACAGCUUGUGGGGGAGUAUGCCCCCAGACUACCCUAGGGAUGCAUGCGUGGUAUGUCGGACACAUGGCUAUCCCUCACUAAUAUAUUAUCUCACAGAAAGGUCGCUUUUCAAAAAAUCCCCCCACCCCGGAAAAGUCCUUAAAAAAGGCCCUGAUAAAAUAUCGAACAAGCAAACGUCUUGAACAAAGCAGUCGGGCAAACUAAUACUGUGUCCUCCAAACAAAAUUAGGCCCGUACGCCCAUGGUUAAGACCUUAAUCUGUUCGUUGUUUGCUUAAAUUUACAAACAGCAGCGUCUGUUUGUUUUGGGUUUUUUACCUAAACCACUUUAAUAAAUUGAAAUUCAUACCUGUAGGUUAAAAUUAGCACAGCCUAUAGCUACAAUGUUAGAAAAUAAUUGUAGGCAAGGAAAAUUUCUAAAUUAGGCGAAUUCACUCCCUGUAUGUCGCUGGAUUCCAUCAUAACGUUCGAUGUUAUAUCGAUAUCGUAUCAUCUACGCUCGAUAUACUGCCGACGUGAAUGCCGAAGACUGCCGAAGGAAUUUAAGGCGAUUUCAUUGUGCGCCUCGGCAAAAAAAUGCCGAGGCAAACUCGAAAAUUAUCGAAAGACUUCGGCGGAAAAAAUAGUUCAAAUACGAGGGUUGAGGAGUGGCAUUAUCGAUUUCUUGGUGACAAUGGGAAUGUUAAGAUACUCACAGACAAAGUCAAUGACUUCUUCUUGAGCACUAACUGAGAACUUUCCAUCGUUAUCGCCUUUUGCAUGCUCAACUUCUGUAAGAGACUUUUAUCACAGCUGACACGAAAAAUUGACCCUCGCCAGUUAGCUCGCAAGGGCCACCCCACGACGGACGCGCUAUUAUUUUUACUUCAACCCGGUUUAUGAGGCCCUCGAUAUAGCGGAAAUGCUUGUGCUCGUUUCUUUUUUGCUCACUUUAGCAAAGGGUUCGACCGUAUUCACCACCAUGUUCUUAUGCAGGAGGUGAUAAAAUUGGAUAUUCAUCCUGUCUUACUUAAUUGGAUCAAUGCUUUCCUUGCCAAUAGAAAACAGGCUGUCAGAAUAGGGGGAACUUUGUCAGAUUAGAAAUCCCGGAACGGUGGUGUACACUAGAGAACUAAACUUGGAGUUAUUCUUUUCUCGGUUAUGACAAAUAAGCUAAUAUCUGAUUGGCAUUUAAGGACAAAGUUUGUCGAUGACACAGCUGCGCUAGAGAUUAUUCCCAGGAACUCAUUUAGUUAUCUGAACAAUAAGGUAGAUGAAUUACAUCAAUUCUCUUACAAGAGUCUCGACCCACUUAAAUGCAGGGAGAUGGUGACUAAUUUUAUGAAUAAUAACAACUCUAUGAUGAGGUCCUUUGUAAUAGGCAGCAACGUAGUAGAAAGGGUAACCAAUUAUAAACUAUUGGAGUUCAAAUGAGUGAGGAUCUUAAGUGGAAUAAACAUGUUCACUAUACCUACAACAAAGCUUGUAAUGCGUUGAGCAAAGGAAUACUAAAAGUGUACAUAUUUAACUACUAUCAGACCCGUUUUGGAAAUUUGGAAUAUGAUGUACUAAUAUGGCAAGCGAUCCCUGACUAUUUUAUUAAAAGGCCAGAAUCAAUACAGAGAAUGGCACUUCGAAUCAUUUUCCCUUCCAUAGACAGUUAUGAUGAGGCGACGAUUAUGGCACAGAUACCAACAUUGGAGAGUAGACGUGAACAGUUAUGUAAAAAAUAUAUGAUCCAAUGAAGAAGGAAAAUUAUCCCCUGCUAUGCUCCCAAAACCUAAGAUGAGCGAAUGCAUGUAUAGCCUACGAAGUGGAUAAAACAAUACUAUUUUGUUUGAGAACACAAUUAAAUGCAGAACUUUAAGAUCAGAACAUUUUUUUAUUUGCUGCGGAGCAAGCGAGCGAGCGAAACAGCAGUCUAAUUUGUGCAGAGAGGCAUCUGUUCAUGCAGUACAUUUUUCUAGCGCGUUGCAUUGUGGUUGCGCUCAGCGGUUGUUCGCAGUACACAUUUACCCGAAUCCAUGUGCUUUCAUUCACUACACUACAGACUAGUAGAUUAGUUUUGGUUCCUUGGUUUAAUAUACUGUGUAUAUAAUGUGGUAAAUGAGCCUAUAGCGAAAACUUGUGUUAUAUAAUAAUAAUAAUUUAAUAAAUAAUUUAUUAAUUUAUAAAGCGCUAAAGAACUAUAGACCUGUCUAAGCGCUAAAGCACUAUAGUGUAAAGCGUUCAAUCGAUCACUAUAGAGCUGUCUAACCUAAAGCGCUAAAGUACUAUAGAGCUGUCUAACCUUGUCUCAUUUAUUGCCAAGAUGACAAAAGGCUGAUUUAACAUGACUACUUUGAGUUCGUCGAUAUGCUUGGUUAAACUAGUAAUGUUAAGCGGGCCAAGCGCGGCUUUUUUAAAGCCUUUUAAUGACUUGACCUCAGAAAUAAAACCUGUACUGGUUUUAUCAUUUUGACGCACUCUGGCUAUUUUCAUUCACAUUUAAAAUAUGCUGCCUCGUUUCGUCGUUCGUCUCGCAAAAAUCUUGUUAAUUCUGAUUUCUAAAAUACAGUAUUUACACUCGGCAAAGUCGUGCUGCUUUCGGGUUCCGCCGUGAAUUGCGGUCAAACUUCACAUCGCCCACACUGACCGUGGUGUAACCGCGGUCGAUCCGAGGUUGAACCGUUUGAACGCGGUUUUUGUCAACUUAAUAUUUCUAGGCAGUACUGUAGCUAUAAUUUGCUUACAGUAAUGUUUAUUUCCCAAACCGGUUUGACAUAUUUUUACAAAUGGCCAAUCACAUGCAAGAUUCAAAUUCUGAACCUAAUCAAGUGUGGAGGUGGGAUAUACAACCGAUGUGACCAAAGGCUCUUCCUUCUCACCUCUCGUUUCUUUCGCCUCGGAACCUCUGGAACCUGGGUAUUCACGUGACAGAGACCAUGGAAAAGUUCUGUUAUGUCAACUGUAAUACAUCAAUUUUUAGUUUGUUGCACACGUCCGUACCCAGCUGAAAUUUGCAAGUUGUGGUCUUUUCUAAAAAUAUAAAAAGAAAACAAAUUUGCUCUGUUGGCAACAACAACAACAAUGUUAGAGAUGAACAGAGUGUUCUAAAACAUGCAUGGCAACAAAACUCUACAAUUUUAUACGACAUAUCCUAAAAAAUCACCCACUUGGCUUGAAUAAAUUCAAUCCAAAACGUAAAAAGCUGCUUACAAUGUCAAUUAUUGACAAUGUGAAAUGUAUUUCGCUUGAAACUAUCUGGGCCAAAACUUUCCAUUACAAUACUCCACACACUAGUAAUGCUCUACUAUUUCGCCCGAAAGAUCAUAAAAAAUCACCGGCUAAGUCCGGCUUGGCUUGAAUUUAUUCAAGACUAGAGUAUUGUUUGCAUGUUUUGGAUUGGAUAAAUUCAGGACAAGAUUCCCAUAACUUUGGCCUGGAUAUUUUCGAGCCAAGUACUUAAAACUAAGAGGGUGAUUUUUUAGGAAAUUUCGUGAAAAAUUGUAGAGUAUUGACUAUCGUUGCCAUGUUUAGGCUUGGAUAAAUUCAGGACAAAAUUCCCAUAAUUUUCUUACAUGUUGCUGUGUGAUGUUACUCUGAGUGUAUAUCCACACCGGGCAGGCUUGAAAAAUAUGCCUGGCCACGGUGGGAUUCGAACCUACGACCUUUGGACUAGUAUUCCGAUUUCAUUUGCCUUUUUGUGUCCGCAGAAAGUUUGUCACCUCCAUUAAGAGUAAAAGCAGCCAGGUAAACACAUUCUUUUCGAAGUAGAUCUGUCCAAGGUCCUUUACUGUGAAGCCAUGGUUCCCAUUUUUUGUUCCACGAACCCUUCCAAUAAUGAAUUGUAAAUUCUUUGUCCCUUUUUUCCAAAACUCCCGUGCGAGGGCACUAAUUCCCCCCGGCUAUUUACACCAGGAGGAAACGAAAACAUUAGCGAAGUCUAAAGUUCAUGAAAUAUCGCGGGCGUGGGUCACCAACCGUGGGUGGUCAUCCUCACUGAUCUCAAAAAUAUGGCGGACUGUCAUGAAUAGCGAACACUGUGAUUGGUCCAAUUUAAAGUUUGCAUUAUAACUACUGCAUGACGACAGCGAAAUAGCAAACAUUUCUUUAUUUGAUGAUUGAUAAAUUUCUUGCAAAUAUAUUUCAUUUUUGCUCGCAUUUUUGCAAGAUUUUGUAAAUUUCAAGUAAGAAAUGGCGAAAGAAUCGGCUAAAAGAAGGGAGCCGACGUUAACGAAGGUAAGUUUGUUUUAAAUAUUGAUUUUAUAAUUGCUUUAAAAUCCGACGGCCUUUGCGUAUAUGAAACAACUAAACAAGACAGCAUAUCGGGCCCUAUUUCUGUGUAUCUUUAAUAUUGAUUCCCUUUUUUAUUAUAUUGAAUUUUUUUAAAUAAAAAAGAAAGCAAAAUUAUUUGCAUGCGAGAAUUUGAAAUCAUUUUAUUGCAAACUCAAAGUUUAUUGAUAAAGCCAUUUAAUUAAAGAAUAAAGGCAGUUUAGUUUUAUACUUUAAAACAUUUUGCGAAGCGUUUGUGGUUGAAUUUUACCUUAAACUGAAGCUUAUAUUACGUAUAAUAUCAUACCUAACAUAUAUAUGUUGGCAGGGCAUUUUUUAACUAUAUAACUGGGGGGGCCAAAGCCCCCCCAACCCCCAUGGUGGCCCCCCACUCAACCAUUUUGCCCCCCCCCCAGUCAAAGUCCCUUUUCUCUAAAAUAUAAGCAAAACAUGGAAUUUAGAAGGGAGGUUUGAUAUUCUAGUAACUGAAAUUUGCUUUGUGAAUCUUAUGUCAUUUCUUUUAUCUUUAAGGCUAAACAUUGUGUUGUAAAUACCUUAGUAGAUUUUAAACAUUUUCCACUGGAUUGCAUUUCUCCGACCAUAUAGAUUUGAGUUGUUGCAAGGCUCGGCUAAACAAGUUAGUGACGCAGGGGGCAACGGGCCACCAACCCAGUGUUUCAUAAGGGGGAGGGGAAUAAUUUUGGCCCCCCACCAAAAAAACCCAAUUGAUUUCGAAACUAGAAGUAUUUGAAAUCGAAUAUUCGUAUAUAUACCGGGUGGCGCAAAAAAAAGUUCACGCGUUUGAUUUAGUACAGCGAAAAAACUAUAAGUGUUACGUUCCUCAAAUAAAUGUUAUCCUAUCCAGGAAGGCCUAACUUAAAUUUUGAUGUAUAACACAUGCAUAUUUGUUUUGUAUUACCCAAGAUAUUGGUAAAUCAAUUUGACUAUGCAAUUUCAAAAGGUUCCAAAAUUAGCUGAAAAUAGCCUAUUAAAUACGAGUAAAGGAAUUAACGAUAUAUGAAGAACACAACGGCAGUAAAUAACGCGUUUAUCAUGGAAAAUUAAAUAACUAUAUUCUUGCACGUGUGACCAUACUAUCGAACGAACGUUGGAUUUAUUUGCUGGUCAAAGUUAUGGCAAUCAGCAAUAAUCGCUUCACGAAGCUGUCUCAAAUUGUUCGGUUGUUGAUCUAAUUUAAUUCCCUAUAACUAUGGGACAUGGAAUACUGCGAAGCAAUUCUUAAUUAAAAGAGCCAUCUUUUUCGAAAUUUUGUUGCUUUUCAAAUGAUAAUAAAACAAAUAAAUAACUAAGGAAAAUCAUUCGUUACACGUUUCAAUUCAAAUUAAAUAAUUCAUACAAGCGAAUAUGUCUGACGAAAUUCUAAAAUUUAUCAAAACAGUUUAAUAGGCCAUUUUUAGCCAAUUUGUCGGAUUUUCAAAACUUCGUUCCAAAUUUUAUUUGGCGAUAUCCCAGUCAAUAUUGCACGUAAAUAAACAUGCUAUAGCUCAAAAUUUAAGUUAGACGUUUAUGAAUACAGCUACGUUUAUUUCAGCGAUGUAACACUUAUAGUUUUUUCGCUGUACUAAAUCAAACGCGUGAACUUUUUUUUGCGCCACCCGGUAUAUAAUCAAAUAUCUAUAAAUGAUAUUUUGAUAAAAACAUUUCUCGUAAUAAUCCAUCCUGACUCGCGGAUAGCAUAGACUCCCAAACCACAAUGAACAAAUUAAUGAAAGGGCCUAACAAAAGAGGUAGAGAAGACUUUGAAAAUGCCAUUUCCGACGAUUUAGAGACGCACAAUUUUCAAAAUUCUUCCGCUCUGUGCCAACCAUGGUGGCGCUUCGUGAGAGUCAGGCCCUCUAAAUUUAUCAAUCUGGCUCCCUGAGUGACGGCCAAGUUGUGGUACAUAAGCAUACUAUGCAAGUACUUAACUGAAGGUUCAUGAGUCUAUCUACAGCAUAAUGUAAUGCUGUAUAUCCAAAAAUCUGUUUCAGGAAAUGCAGGGAAUUGCAGUCAUAGGGGUAGAAAAAUACAAACAUUUUCUGGGGGAGAAUACCCCCAAGCCCCCCUCCCCCUACUAGUAAAUGCAAUGCCACACGAAACUUUUUGUUACCAACAAACCAUCUAACAUUUCUCCACACUCGGUAUAGUAUGGUCCCUUUUUGUAGAUGGCCCCCCCACUGACGAAUUCUUAAAAAAUACUCUGUAUGUUGGGAAGCGAUUUUUCAUUUGUAAGAAUAUUCUUAAGAAAUUAUCGUGUUACCAUGACAACUACUUUAGAUACUUCAUGUUCGGAAAAUACAAUGGUUUUGUCAGCAAGGCGAGGGUUUCUGCAUGCAUGUAUUUUCUAGUAGUUUUCCAGGUUAACCGCAACAAGCGACUCGACGAGAACAUGGUUCCAUACAUUGUCUACAGUAGUAACUGUUGUUCUUUUGCGGUAUGAUCCAACAUAUAUAGACCUAAAAUAUUAAAAAAAUAGUCGAGUUAAUUAUAGGAAGAAUACAACACGAUUCUUCCGUUUUGGCUUGAUUUAAAUUUUCUACAUUUCACAUUGAGCUGCCACAAUCUUCGGCACAUCGUCAGGAACACCUGAUUGAAUUUCGUUUCCGUCUUCUUCAUCUCUUGUCUCCUGGUCAUUGGUGAUGAUGCAGUUGGCUUUCUUCUGCUUCAAGUCAUUCAGUAACCAUGUAUUAGGUUUAGGUGGCGCAGGCCCGCAGACCUUUUGUUCAUUCGAAAACCAGCGGUGCCACCACUCACGCUGCUCCUGUGUUAUUACCCUGGGAUUAUCCAGAAACUUGGGAAUGUCUAUUCCAAAUCGACUUUGUCAGGCGAUGACGGCACGAGGUUGGGAACUGUAGUUGGUACAUCCACAUUCUAAAUUACAAAGAACGAAGUUCGCAGUCAGCAAAAUCUUCCCUGACACAAUACAAAUAUAUUCCUUGGAAAAUCGUUUUAUACAGUGUACUGAAAAAUCGGAUAAAACAGGGGAAAAUACAAAUUAUAGUACUAUCAACAGUACAUUCCUCCGGAAAGUAUUCAGCCGUGAGGCCCGUGACUAUAAGGCCUUGCUUCCGUAAAUGACCUGUAGCUCUAGACACAGUAUGUGAAUUACAAAAGAGAGGUUCCAUAUAGCUAAGGUUGUUGUGCGCUUGCAUGGUUUGACAAAUCAAACAAUGCAAACAAAACGACUGUUUUUUCUUAAUGCAAACCCGUAAUAAGAAUGAGUUACAGAUAGUAGAUCAUAGCCAAUCAACGUUCAGAAUUUACAGCUAUAUUAUAAAAAAAAUGUUGACCAGUAUACAAUAACAACAGCAUUGUUAUAAGCUUGUGGAGUCAUAGGCCCGUAUUCUAAAAGCUCACUCACACUCAAUGAGUGGAUGUUCAAUUUGAGCUUCUCUUGAGUGCUAAUGCCAUUUUUGAAUAACUGGAGGGCGAGUAGUCACCGAGUAAGUUAUGACACUAGCCCUCCGGCUAUUCAAAAACAGCAUUAACACUCAAGAGAAGCUCAAAUUGAACCUCCGCUCAUUGAGUGUGAGUGAGCUUUUUGAAUACGGGCGAUACUGUACAAUAUGUUCGCAUUAAAAUGAUAAUUUUUCAUUUGGAUAUUAAUUAACCUACGGUACUUAUUUUUUUUUGUUAUAAGAUACCGUCAAAGUGCUUACACACAUUAACUGAGCCACGUAAAGCAUAUUUGGUAAGAUCGCUUGACCUGCUGUUUGUCGAUUCGCUCAAGAAUGAAAUCUUGGAACGUCAGUGCAACUUUUCGAAGCCUCUGAUUGCUAUUGUGAAGGGCAUUAAAUCAAAGGAACAGCUUGAAGAAAAGGAUCUUGAUGGGUAUGCGCUGGAAGUUAUUGGAGGAAACCAUCAUGAUCGGCGUGAAGCAAUUCAACAGCUACACAAAGAGGGGAAACUGGACAAGAAUGUCCAUAAAUAUGCCAUGGUUCAACUUUUUGUUGGUAUGUUCAAUUUCGAUAUUUGCAAAGUUAGUAAAAAAGCAUUUAUUUAAUUAAUAUCAUACCGGUAUUUGAUAUCUGAUAUGAAGAAGAAUAUGCUCUGAAAUGUUCAUGAUAUAGUGGUAAAAAUAGAUAUUAAAAUACAAGUCCCUGCUUUAUUGCACAAAUGCCUGAAAGAGAUGCCUUACGACUGGCACAGCUUCAGAACAGAGUAGACUCGAUUCAUCAUGAUAUGAGUACGAGUGACAAGGUAUUUAUUUAUAUUGUAGUGUGUUUUUUUUCAAUAAACAAUUCUAAUUUUUUGUUUAAUUAUCUUUCUGACUUUCUAUAACCCACCAUGAUAAUAAAGAUUGAACUCUGUGCGAACCUAUUAUCACAACACUUUAAUGGGAAAAAAUGUGUGGAUUGGCGAAAGACAUGUUGUACCAUAAUUGGUGAAAAUGUGAGUUAAUAAGUAUAAGUAUUGUAUAGUAUUUUGUUAGAUUUAUAUAUUAAACCUAUGGCAGUCAUUGAUAGUAUGAAAUUAGAGAUUGAUAGAGAUUCAACUAGUACCUAAAAAUAUAAACAGAUCUUCAACGUUUCGCCUACCAACUUCCCAAUAAAGGUAUUUCGCUCAAUGUGUUGAAGUUCUGCUUAUAUUUUUGAGAUAUUUGCAUCUCUACCCAUCUGCAGAGUUCCUGUUAUCGGGUCUACCUACACUUGCUCAGAUUGUCGGUGCAAAUCUGCAAUAUUAACAGUUGAAAUUGUAUUACAGCUUAUUUUAUUGAUUUCUGUCAUUAUGACUUUACUAGUAAAGGAAAGACUGGUAGCCAAAGGCGGAUUUUCAUUUUUUUUAAAGGAGGGGUGGAAAUAUUUCUAGUGGGGGUGCAAACGGCACUACUGAGCGGGCUUUUUACAGGGGUUAGGCAUUAGGGUUAAAGACUUUCACAUAUUUUUCAAGCUUGUCCAGUAUGGAUAUACACUCAGAGUAACAUCACAAAACAUCAUACCCACUACUCGUUUUACAGGAACUGCUCUUUAUCUUUCCCUUUUGCAAUAGGCUAGUCACUCCAGUAGGUCAGUCUCAAUCAAUACUGUAUGCCCUUUUUUGUGCAAAUAAGGAUAAAAAAGUUAUUGUAAGCUCCAUUCAAUGAUUUCAGGAAGCAACAUUAUCAAAUGUCCUCUACGUAUCUAGUGAAUUUGGACAGGAACUUCUGAACGAAAUCCAGGAGAUGAUUGCCAAGUUUGGGAAGGCCGAAUUAACGGGACAAAGGGUCUCCACAAAAAUUCUAAAACAAAGACAUUCUGCCGUCGUACAAAAAAUCGAUUUUCAACCAUCAAAUUUGAAGAUGUUUCGAGGUGAAGUGACGAGUGUGGAACUACUGAAACUACUCAAAGACGUCAACGCGAAUACAUUGUCCUUAUCCGAACUGCAAUCAAAAGUGUCGAGAUUAAAAGAAAUGAGAGCUGUGCAAAAUGUUUUUGUUAAGCUCUCAUGUUCUUCAUCUGGGGAAGAAGCAGUGAGAAGGUAGGCAUGUUCAUAGUAAUUUCGCUAAUAUUCCAAGUUGUUUUUUUUUCAGGUUCCCUCGUAACAAUUAAGUGUAUACAUACGUUAGUCCAACGCAAAAUACGACACUUUAAGAGUUCUUAUAGAUAAUCCUCUUGUAAUCCAAAUUGUUGCAGGUUACCUUCAUAAGGUCAAAACAUCUAUGAUCGUUCCGAUAUUUGACGAUUUUCAGUUUCAACUGUGAAUGAACGUUUUGAUUGUUUCAGGUUCCCUGACUUUACUAAAGAAGGAUGUCUUCAUAUUUUUCGUGGACCGGUGUUACGAGGGCAUGCACAAGACAACCUAAAGUCGUAUAUUCAAAGAGCGGUCGCAAGCGAAGGGAUGGACGAAGCUGUUCCCUGCGAAGUUAAAGUGAUUAAAAUGGAUUGCCGUAAAGAUCUGUCAUUGUUAGAUACGUCGAAGUUUGGGGGUGCAGAGAUAAUUUUCCUUGAUCUACCUAAGGUAAAUGAUUUCCACAAGUUAGCACCGAUUUCAAGCCAUAGCUAUAGUGUUAAUUCAAUUAUCCAAUAUUUAAAGAUUGCUACCCAGUGUGUAAGUGAAGGACCUUGAAUGAGUAAUAAAAAGUUUGAUGAUUCAGUACGUGAUUUACUGAGAGGUUUUCAUGUUGUAGAUAUUGGAUGUCUCGCAAUAUCUUCGCUGAAUUGUCCAUUGUCUUUCUCUUGUUUGUUGGGUUAUUGCAUCCUUUUGUCCUAAUUUUCUGACCAAAGGACAUUAAUGCACAGUGCGAUUUGCUUCUAUUAAAUUUUUUCUGCAUUUAUUAGACUUGGACUGAGGAAGAUGUGACAAAAUUCAUUCGCACAAUGAAAAGCAUAAAUUUUAGAAAAAGUGUUACAGAAUGCCGAUUUGUGUUGUUUCCAACCUCCUCCCCAAAUGAUGUCAUGCUGCAACAACUGGAUGUCGCCAAGUGCGCACUUGCAGCACUGAAGAUUGAUUGGGAUAUGGGAUAUUUCCAUAACCCAAGUUGUGCUGCCAAAGGUUUGUUUAACUACUAAUAUCGUUAUUUAAGCUAACAGUAGAGUGUAUCUUCAGUGCUCCCACUGUGGAUUUGACCGGUUUUAAUAUAUACUACCUUUUUCCUCCCGUAGAAAUUGUUUCAUUAUCCAAGACAGUGGUGCCGUUCAUGGUCACCAGAAUGUCCAAAACGUCCCGCAUGUUAACGGUGAAUGAUCUUUUCAGUGUUGAUGGUGAGCAAAUGGUGAAAGAGAAAGAUACUGGCGAAGUAUAUACGAACGUCAGAAGCCGGUAAAACUAUAUUCUUCUUUAUUAGAAUUGUUUAUUCCGGACAAAUCUCUACAUGUCUUGGAUGCAUGUAGUGGGGCAGGAUCAUGUGCUGUUGCAUGCAAUGCCGCCCAAUAUAAGUGUCUGGUAUUGGAACUCUUAUUUACCAAGUGCGGACUUAUUGAGCAAAGACUCAAGUGUUGAGAGUGUCCCAAAAGUCAUAACUAAUUAUUUACAGUAGUAAGAGUAAAUUUAUUAAAGAGGCGGUUAAGUUAAGUCCGUUCUGUCCAUGUGCUAUGUGACGGCCUUCUGAUGUAAACAAUACUCAAACUUUGCAUUAUUUUGAGUUUUGACAUAUUCUGAAUUGAAACUAAAAGCAUAACGUAAUAACGUAUAUUAACUAACUACAUCAUGAAUAUAGUGUGCUCCGUUUGGCAGAUUUGUGGUUUGUUUACAUUUUGACUUAAAGGACAAUGGCAACAAAAAAUUUUAUUGGCUAUUUCAAUCCAGCUUGACGACCUAACUAUGAAAAUAUUAUCAUUUCCUUCUCGAACAUUUUAGUCUACGAGAAAAAUGCAUGCAAACUUUGUGUUUCGCCGCCAUCUUGGAAAAUAUUUUUGGAAAAUUAUCUCGAACUUUGUGACGUUAUUAGAUGGGUAGCACUAAAACUACAAGAGAGAAUUCUAUUGCGUGCGUGUUAUGUUAGCUAAAAAUAUGUCGUUUUUGAGCGUUACACUGGCAAACACUCUUCGCAAUCAAACAAGAGAAGUCUACAUUAUCAGAUAAAAACAUAUCGAGCGACUGGGAAAGCAAGGAAUGUCAAAGUGCACUACGCGUGAUGAUACUCGGUAUUGUUUAUAGUCAUGAAAUUGUGUUUACCCAUCUAAUGACGUCACAUAAUGUAUGUUGUGGCAUAAAUUGACCACUUGCGUAAUAGACUAAAUUUUGAUCUAGACAAAAAUUUCAUCACAGCUUGAAAGAGCAUCACAAAAUUAGUAAUAGAGAGGUUAAGAUACCCCGGUUUCGGUGUACGGGUACGAGUAACAUGAUUUUGGUUAGCAACAUUUUCGUCGAUGUCUGUACCUUUACUCGUAAUUAAGGUCACAUUUUUCGCAUUAUAUCAUUGUCUAUUGCAAGAAAGCAGAAAAAGUAUGAUCGAAUUACAGACAUCAGUAAAACAAGAUGACACUACUCGUACCCGUACACCGAAACCGGGGUAUCUUAACCUCUCUAAUAUUACAAAGUUUCGUUGCGAAAUGUUAUAAAAUGCGGAUAAUAUAGCCUUGCGAAGUUUGCAAUUUUCAGUCAUUUUAGAUUACUAACGGGAAAUUGACAGCCCAAUACCCUUUGAGGCUGUCAAUUUCCCGUUUGUAAUCUAAAAUGACUGAAAAUUGCAAACUUCGCAAGGCUAUAUUCGCAUUUUACAACAUUUCGCAACGAAACUUUGGAAUAUUACUAAUUUUGUGAUGCUCUUUCAAGCUAUGAUGAAAUUUUUGUUUAGACUUGUUUAGAUCAAAAUUUAGUCUAUUACGCAAAUGGUCAAUUAGCACACACGUUUAUUUUCAAAAUGGCGGACAACUGUUGAACUUUUUGUUAAAUUUUCUCAACAACUAAACGCGACAAACCAGCAAAAAUAUGAAAUGAAAUAUUCCAUAAGUAUACCUAAUAGAUAUAAGUAAUAAACAUUUUGGUUGCCAAUGUCCUUUAACUGCCUCUAUAAGUUUAUUACGUGAACAAAUUAAUAUUGCAUGUAUCAAGUCCUGUUAUAGAUGUUGUUUCAAUAUUAAUUAGUCAAAAUUAAAAUAUUCAGAUUUUCAACUUGUGUUUGAUUCAAAUAAGUUAAGGCAAUCUCUAAAUCUCUUCAUGCCAACUGUUUUUUAAUGUCUUUAAUCUUUAUUGCAAAAGUUUGGUUUGAAUAUAUUCACGCGAAAAGAUUGGUUUCAAUAUUUCACGCCAACGUUUUGCUUUGAUUAUUAUUAGUUUGACACCGUGCAAUUUGGUAUGAAUAUUGUCACGCCAUGAUUUUCGUCUGAAUAUUUUCACUUCAUAUUUUAGUCUGAAUAUUUUCACGCCAAAAUUUUGGUCUGAAUAUUUUCACGCCAUAUUUUUUGAUCUGGAUAUUCUCACCCCAAAUUUUGGUCUGAAUAUUUUCACGCCAAUAUUUUGGUCUGAAUGUAUUCAUGCCAUAAUUUUGGUCGGAUUAUUUUCACGCUAAAACUUUGGUCUGAAUAUGUUCACGCCAAAAUUUUGGUCUGAAUAUUUUCACGCCAUAUUUUUUGGUCUGGAUAUUCUCACGCCAAAAUUUUGGUCUGAAUAUUUUCACGCCAAUAUUUUGGUCUGAAUAUAUUCAUGCCAUAAUUUUGGUCGGAUUAUUUUCACGCUAAAACUUUGGUCUGAAUGUUUUCACGCCAAUAUUUUUUGGUCUGCAUAUUCCCACGCCAAAAUUUUGGUCUGAAUAUUUUCACGCCAAUAUUUUGGUCUGAAUAUGAGAUAUACUAUUGCUCGAGUCAGGAUUCGAGCCAGGACUCGAGCCAUGCGAAAAUACGGGGAAUUGCCAUUACCCAAUGGUUUUGUUUCAUAAGACACGCUACGCAGGCUAGCUAAAUGUUCUACUACUAGCAAAUUAAAUACAACCUUUCAAUAAGUUACGCUAAUCACCUUGUGUAAUUUACCAAUGAGAGCGAGGUUCCAAGACCAAAAAGUAUGUGUAAUUAUCGAAAGGGUGUAUUUGGUAAUACAGUUAGCCAGCGUGGCCGGCUCUUCUAUAAUACAGUUUGGUGAUAUUGGCGUCUAUUACAGGAAAAUAAGGCAGGGAGAAUUAUCCUACUCUUUGACGAAUGCUAAGCGGCAAUGAGCGGCAACAGGUAUCGAUAUCUGUUUUGUAAAGAGCGAGAGACUGCUAGUGAUGGGCAAUACCAACUGUUUUAGUUCGAUAAAAUACUGGCCGGAUAUUUCCCUUUUUUGGAUAUCGAUAUUUGUGCAAUAUAUCAAAGACAAACAACAACAAUGGUAUUGACUAUUGUUUCAUUCACUGUCUUCCGACGCUAAUAACCGUUACAGUUAGGGGCCGAUUACAUGGAGCAUUUUCAACCCCGGGGUUGAACUCAGCCCUGUUUACCGGGUUGAAAUUUCAGUCCUGUCUGUAAUACAAAACUCUAUCAAAAUCAAACGCGCGAUUACAUGACAAAAUUUUCAACCCAGGGCUGAGUUCAACCCUGGGGUUGAAAUUUCAACCCUGCUUCAGCUAGCAGGGUUGAAAUUUCAACCCCGGGGUUGAACUCAGCCCUGGGCUGAAAAUUUUGUCAUGUAAGGGCUGAAAUUAUCAUGAGUUAUUCGAGCAUGCGUGGUAGUGACUAUUUAUUACAAAAAAAUAAAAUAAAGGCUUUUUACUUCCGCGAAUCGAUGCCGAGAACGUAUAGUAUAACGUUUUAACCCCGGGGUUGAAAUCGUCCAAUGUAAUCGCAAAAAAUUUCAACCCGUUUAACAGGGCUGAGUUCAACCCUGGGGUUGAAAAUGCUCCAUGGAAUCGGCCCCUUAAUAGCCAAAGUCAGAUGAGAUCGACAGCUCUGUAUGUACAAACAUACCAAAUAUCAACUUUCGUUCUUUAGUUUCUUUUAUCGAAUCUGGCCGGAAAAGGCGGGAAAUUGAUUUGUUAAACAAGUUCUCUCACUUCCCAUUUGCCAAACAUUCCUUAGGUUAUCGAUAAACAAUUCCUCAGAUUCAGUUAAAUUUCCUUAUAAAUUUCGCAUUGUUGGUGAAUGAAUAAUCUAAAUUUAAGGAAAGUUCCUUAAAAGUGAGAACGCUGUUGGUAAAUUCUCCUCCAUCAAAAUCACUUGACGUCAUUUUUGGCUCGAGUCCUGAAUCGAGUUCUGGCUCGAGUCCUAGCUCGAGUCUUGGCUCGAGUCCUGGCUCGAAUCCUGACUCGAUGUUUAGGUACCCUCGAGCAGGGUUGGAUGAAAAUUGGAUGAGAAAUUUGCCGGGCAGAGUCCAAUGCGUAAUUAUCUCAUUGUAUAAUUUGUGAAUAAUACAUUGGGGGGGGGGGCUUAUAUUUAGAAUGAGGUGAGCGUUAGUAUAUGUGGCGGGCUUAUAUUCGGGGAGGGGGUUAUAUUUGGGGGCUUAUAGUCGGUGGCUUACGGUAUUAUUAUCUUGAUUGACCGGUUAUUAUACUGAUUUUAGCCGCGACGUGGUUGGAUGAAGCUUUCUAUCUUGUGAGCAAAGAUAUAGUGGAAUCAUACCUUAGCCGGCGAGAUACUUUAGUAUGCCAUGUUUGGGAGAGUCAGGCCAUUGGAUAUUGGACAAAAAAUAUUUCGGAUCUAACUACAUUUGCAGACAACAAGAGACUUUUACAUAUGCAAACAGGAUUUAGUUCAGAACAGAAAGUGUUGAAAAGGACAGCGAUUUGCCAUUCAGUUCUUGCCAUUCAUAAAAGUUAUCCUGAAAAGAUGAGACUGUUUUGGAGUAUUUAUGAGAAAGAGGACAAGCCCGUUGCAUACCAGGAAGUUAAAAUUUCUUAUGGCUGUAGAUAUCCACUUGCGAUGGAUUACAGGACAUGGGGUAAAAAGUCAAUUUGGUUUUCUGAACCGAAGUUAUGCAAAGACAACCCAAUAUGGGACCGAAAUGGAGAAUACAAAGGACGUCAGGGACAUUGA